GCCGUUUCACAAGUGGAGCAGUCAGUGUGAGUAGAAGAGGAAUUCGUGAGGCCCUGCUGGUGUCUACAAGGAGUCCGCUGUCAAGAGCUACGUCCCCAUCAGAAAACCAGAAAGAGUUGCAGACAUGGCAGUUCUCAACCAAUGUUGCUGUGGGUGUUCCCUGAAGACUGGCACCAUCAUCAUUGCCGUCUUGUAUGUGGUGAGUACACGAGGAAAAAAAAAAAAAGACAUCAUAGCAAUUGAAGUAAUGUGGCUUCCUUGAAUUGACAACUUCACCUGACUGCUGUACUUCACUACUGCCCUCUUUCCCAAUGCCAACUGAUUUUCUUUUAAGCUGUCUGCUUUUCCACUGGUUUGAUGCACCUUUGCCUAACCUUUACACCCCUACCUAAUUGUUACCAUAUCCAACAUACUCCAUAGCCUCUUCGCAUAUUCAAGUCCUCUUUCUACAAGCCUAUUUUCCCCUCCACUGCUCCUUCCACUUCCAUUUAUACUAUUCCUGGAUACUGUAGCAGAUAUUCCAUCAACCAGUCCCUUCUUCUGUUUUGAUCCUUUCAUACACUUUUUUCACUACAUAUUCUACUUAGAACAUGCUUAUUCGUUGGAACUGUUUGCCCACAGAGUUUCUGACAUUCUUCAAUAGCACUCCAUUUCAGAUGACUGCAAUUUCUUCUCCUUCAUCAUUUUCUCCUAACUGUUCGGAAUUACAGUGCUCCAUGUUUCAUUUCUCCAUAAUGCAGCAUCCCAGAUGUACACUUCAAGGAACUGAUUUCCCACUUCCCAUAUCAUCAAAUCUUGUCAACAGAGCUUUUUGAAGAAACUUAUUAGCCUAUGCCAGCAUUCCACUGUUGCCUUCCUUGUUUCAGCCAUUCUGUGUGACCUUUUGUGCUAGAUGGAAGUAUAUCACUUGGUGUUCAGAAAGUAACUAUUCACCUUUGACUUUCCUUUGUUAACCCCCCACAUUGUGUUCUGCAAAAGUUUACUGUGUGUGCCUUUCCACAGCAACCCUAAGUUGUUCUUACAUCCACACAGAAAGGUUAUAUUGUCUGUGAACUAUAAUACUGGCAAAUGUUCUCCUUGGGCAUUUACACAUUUUUGAAGUCUGUCCAAUACUGGUAACUUAAAACUGUAUGAGAGAUGCACAGUCACCUAUAGGGUGUCACAGUAUUUGGACUUUAUUGGGAAUGUUUGGAGUAGGGGUAUAUGCUUCUCCACAUGGCAAAAGAAGGUAUAGUAUAGCUGGGAGCACUAUUUGCAGUUUUCAACUUCAAAUUCCAUGACAGUACAGCCAUAACAACGUAAGACUGCUUCAGCUGUGGAGCACUCUCUUAGAAAUAUAAAUUAAAUCUUUUCUUGCCGUAUGUACAAUAACAUCACCAUGAAAUAUUCCACAGCAUAAUGGCUCAUAUCUUAGGCACUUAAAGCAUGAUUCUCGUCUUUUCCCAUAAUUUUUGAGAUGAGAAUAUUGGUAUUCAGUUCUUUUAUACCAGCUUGAAAAUACUUCCAGAUUAGUAACCUAUGUGAAGAGUUGAAUACUGCCAUUUGUUGAAUACUUAGAGAAGAUUGGAAGCUAUAUUGGUGACCAGGUGCUUGUCUUUCCCUUCAUUCGUUUUGCUACACACACCCAUAGGCAACCUUCUGAACCUAAGGGGUGACUGCUUCUCCAUUUCUACUUUCAGCAAAGAUAUAAACUAUUCCGUAUGGCACCUAUUUAAUUCUAAACAAAAAGGCUGAUCACUAAGAAGCUAGACUAUGACUCUGCAUAAAAUUGUUAAUUAUAAUGUAUCAACCAUAACCUGGAACCAACAGAUUGCAAAUGUAUUUCUUUUUCCAUUGCAGAUUGCGAGCCUUGUGCAGAUUGCAACAACAGCGAAUAGUUUGCACACCCAUCAGUAUGUUGAUGAAGAUCUAAAUUUAGCCAUAGAUAACUUUAACAGCCUUGUACAUACAGAUAUUGAGAAGCAACUUAGAGAUACAGCUGAGAAAUUAGACAAUGAUUUUGGACUGAAGGACAGUGAUGGCAGUUUAACCAGGACAGUGAAUAAAGCGCUACCCUACAAGACUAAAGUUACCAAGACACAGCUAAUAGUAACACUCGUGUUUGCUAUUAUCCAGGCUAUCUGUGGCAUACUUCUCCUCUUCGGAGCCAUUCAGGAAAAGGCUGGUAUGCUACUUCCAUGGGUGGUUGUGGAAACCCUGGUGGUCAUAGCAUCAACUGUCGUAGGCAUUAUCACAUGCAUUGCUCUCAUCGCAGUAGCUGAAACUGCUACUGCUGGCUUUAUUGCAGUUGUUUUUGUCGUCCUUUAUGUGUUGCUCAGUGUGUACUUCCUGCUGGUCGUGUACAGCUACUACCAGACCCUCCGUGAGAACCCACGCCGAUACGUUUGAAGAUCUGCUAUUCUGGCAGGCAGACAGAGGAAGGUGUGUGCACCUUUGUAACUGAGGUGGAUGCAGUUGGGGCAGUUUCAGUCAUCGUCUCUUCUACAAAAUGUGUUGCUGGUGAAAUUGCUUCCAACUCUCAGGUUUAUUCUUGCGUGCACCACCACUGGUUUUGAAAGUGCUUCUGGAAUCCAGAUGCAACAUUCAUUACACAUUGUGUUUAUAUUUCAUCAGCUGUACACCUCAGCCUCAACUUGCUAUUUCCAUUUACACAAAGAGAGAAUUUCAUAAAUAAUUCCAGAUACCAUUGAGAAGUACAAGAAUUCAUUUCACACUGUUUUCCAUAGAGUUUUGUAUAUAUGUCUCACGUGUUUCAUCCGCACACAGUCUGUAUUUUUAUGAUACAUGAUUUUAAACUGCAGUUCUCAAAUAUCUCUUAAAAUCUGUACACAAGAAUGUACACAAUUCUUCAGCUAAUUUUAAUGUGAUAGUAAGAAGUAGCUUUAAAACAAAUUUCAAAAUCAAAAUAGUAUCUAUGUUAAUAUGUUAUAAAAAUAUGUUCUGUAACUAAAUUGACUGAGUUCUGCAUAACAAAGGCUGCAAUCAGUUUUAGGAGAUUUAAAUCAUUCAUAAAGCAGAACUGCACUGAAACAAGUAUGUCUUAAAAACAAGAUUUACAAAUGUGGUAUCAUUGUAAGACUUAAUGUAUUCAAUUCUGAUUUUCUUAUCUCUUUUGGUUUUUCUGUAGUAUGACUGCUGUGCAGAAAUGCUGGUGUUCUCCUCAGCACUUCACACUGUUUUCUCUUCCUCGGGCACUUCAACUAAUUCUGUUUGUGAUUUACUCUGUCUUACUAGGCAGUGUAAUAUGCACUUCAUAUGUCAAGUAGCAGAAAGGAACAUGGAUUUUUGUUAUUAUUGGUUUACAGACAUCAGCAUUGCACAUGCAACUACAAUUUUUUGCAUAUUCACUGAAAAUGUUUUAUCUUAACACCUUUGUCUGUUUAUCACUGGAGAUUGUGUUUCAGUUCCCUAGGGUGCCUCAAAUUAAGUUUUUUUAAUGCAAGUUUAGGCAACUCAUCUCUCUUCUGCACAGUAUGUUUUGUUUAAUUUUGCACAUGUAACACUUAGGGUUGGGGUAGUCGGUUUUGCUGGUGAGAUACCCUGCUUCUCUGGUGUUGCAGGUGACCCAACAGUAAAGACUCACAACCACCCUAAUAAAUGGCUCUCUUUUGAUCCUCCUCUGCACUCUUACCAGCCUGCCCCUGUUUUGCAAGCAUAUCUUUCAUAGUCAUAUGAGAUUCAGCUUAAAAACCACCAGCCAAUCUCUGUCAGUGAAAUACACUCUUAUUUAACUCAUUUUGCAUUAGCACAGCUUCAAGUUCACGUCACUACGCUUGGCUUUUGUAGUGAAGCAUCUACUUGAUGUGUGCUGUUCCUUGUAUCAGGAGAAAUCCUAUUUACUUCCAUUAUGUGCAUUUCUGUUACUGCAUUUCCAUUUUUGUAAGUGAAUGAUGAUUGUCUUCAUCUUAUAUUGUGUAUAGUUUGUAGAACAAAUGUAUUAUGUUUUCACUAUUUGAUGUUACUGACUGAAGAAGAAUAAUGCUUGAAUGUAUUUUUAUUGAAAUUAAUAAAUGACAAAUUUCUGUACUCUUA